AUGGUCAGACAUCAAGCAUAUGUUUUAUUCCUUCUUUCUUUCCUCCAAUUUAUAUUUACUCUAUCUUUGCUUACAAAAGGCUUGGGAUCAUUAAGUUUUCUGUUUGCUAUCAUUCAUUCUUUAGCUCUUUUGCUUCCUGUCGUUCCCUUUUUUUUCUACCUGUUUUUCCCUUUUUUUGCUUCCUACCUUACCAUUUUUUGUUUCCUAUCGUUUCCCUUUUUUGCUUCCUGUCGUUCCCCUUCUUUGCUUCCUGUUGUUCCCCUUUUUUGCUUCCUGCCGUACCAUUUUUGUUUCCUGUCGUUCCCCCUUUUUGCUUCCUGUUGUUCCCUUUUUUUGCUUCCUGCCGUACCAUUUUUUGUUUCCUGUCGUUCCCUUUUUUGCUUCCUGUCGUACCAUUUUUUGCUUCCUCUCGUUCCCCUUUUUUUAUUUACUGGCGUUCCCUUUUUUGUUUCCCGUCGUCCGCUCUUUAGCUUCAUGCCGUCCGGUCAUUUGCUUCCCCUUGUUCACUCUUUUGCUUCUUGUCGUCCGCUCUUUUUGCUUCCCGUCGUUCGCUCUUUUUCUUCCCCUUGUUCGUUUUUUAGCUUCCCGUCGCCCGCUUUUUUCCUUCCCGUCGUCCGCUCUUUUUGCUUCCCGUUGUCCGCUCAUUUGAUACCCGCCGUUCGCUCUUUUUUCUUCGGUCCCUUGUUCUUUAUAUUCUUCUCUGCCCUUCAGUCUCCUUCAUCUCUCUCAUCGGUGCCUUAUUUUAUUCUUUUAUUUCUUAUUUAA